CACUACCUAGUAGUGCCUGUAGCUAGCAAGUGGUUAGUUGAAGGGUAACAGAGGAAAUUGCUCUCUGACUGAUAAGACAAACCGGCAGAAAGGACGCAUGCUGUUUCAUUAGGAUACAGUUGAUUCCCAGAUACAACCAUGUUUUUGUGGCUUAAACUCUUGACAUUUGGCUUUGCGUUUCUGGACACUGAUGUCUUUGUCACAGGACAAACCACAAAUGAUACAGGCGCAGGACCAACUAAGACUGAAAAGGGCCAUGCUCCACUUUCAACUGACCCACCAACCACUCUCUCUACUUCACUCUCACCCGCAAGCAUCUCUGAAAGAAAAUAUGGUGCCACAGUGACCAUUCCUCCUCCUAACUUAUAUAUUACUUCAACUGGUGUAUCCUCGGAAUCUGGCAAUAAUGCCAGUUUUGCUACUGAUGUGACAGGCGUGUCACCAAUCAAGAGCACUCACCUUACAACCCACGCAACCUCUUUUGCUCCCACGAAUGGAUCUGUCAAUCCAACACUCACCAGCGGCCCUGCUGUCUUUCCCACACCCAUCACUGAUACAGCGAAUAAGUCAACAGAAAUGCUUACAUCCACAUCCUUACCUUCAGACUCAAACUCUACACCAGUAACAGAUUUCAAUCCAGCACGCAACAGCUCUGCUGUCCUUUCUUCACUCACUACUGCCAUCACCAUCACUGACAAUGUUACAGAUGUUUCUGAUACUGCAGCCACCAUAAGCAAUUCUUCAAGCAUUGACUUUAGCACGAAUGCUUCAACAAUAAUAGCAAACAGUUCAAUAUCUGAGAAAUGUGAGUCAUACAAAAAUAUUGCAGUGGAUUAUGUAUAUUUCCAAGGAAGCUAUAUUGCAGAACUGAAUAUUACUAAAAAUGAGACCAAAUGUGAAUUUGAAACUCCUAAUAACUGUUAUAAAAACCUGACUGAAUGCUCUUUCAUUGAUAUAACUAUUAUACCAUGUUCAUCUCCUUUCACAUUAAAUGUGCCACCAGCUCCAGAACAUUUUGAGUUAAGAGACUCAACACAAGAUAAAAAAGCAAAUACUUCUAUUAGUUUAGAAUGGAAGUUUACUGAAAAAAGUUCUAAAUGCAGAAUGGACUAUUUAUCCUACAACUUUGAAUGUAAAGACCAGAAAGGUAACAAAACACGCGUCAAUCAAUCUGAAAGCAACCUGAAGAAAAAAGAAUUCAUUAAAUUGACCCCUCGAGAACUUUAUCUUUGUGAAGCCUCUGUUAGAUAUCAGGACCAUAUUGUUAAAAAUAUAAAAAAGAAUAUUACAACAGACUUUGGAACUCCCAAAGCACCUUACAAUUUGAAAUCUACAUCAAUAGGUGAAAGAAAAAUUGAAAUUUCUUGGGAUCAACCUUCAGGCUUUGUUCAUGGCUUUAUCAUCCAAAAAAACAACUUUGAUGCAGGUCAUGUUUCAUCAGAAUUGACCAAUUUUACCCUGUCAGAGUUGACACCUUAUACACAAUACUAUGUAUCAGUAAGUGCCUUUACUGAUGGAAAAGUACGACGGGAGGGACCUCCUGUGACCAGAUCCUUUCAGACAGCUAUAGGAAAACCAGACAUGGUUGAAGACGUGGAUGUAAAGAUUACAAAUGACAACAGUGUAACAGUUAAAUGCAAGGAGCCAAAAAAUAUACACGGUCCCAAUUUGACCUACUAUUUGAAUAUGACAUCUUUGUAUAACAGUGUAUGGCUAAGCAGCAAAACUUGCAUGUUUGCCCUGCACAGUCUUCAUUACAUGACCAGUCAUACAUUUGAGCUCUACUCUUACAAUGGGAAGUAUUACGGAGCCCCAGCUAUCGAAACUAGAGUAACAAACUAUAAUUCCCGUGCACUGAUCAUGUUUCUGAUAUUUUUGAUUAUUGUGACAUCAAUAGCCUUACUAGUUGUUCUUUAUAAGAUCUAUGAUCUGCACAAAAAAAGAUCAAGUAGUCCAGAUGAACAGAUAGGACUUGUUCAAAGAGAUGAUGAAAAACAGAUAAUGAAUGUGGAGCCCAUCCCUGCGGAGAUGUUACUGGAAACAUAUAAGAGGAAGAUUGCUGAUGAGGGAAGACUUUUUCUGGCUGAAUUUCAGAGCAUUCCGCGGAUAUUCAGCAAGUUUUCAAGUAAAGAUGCACGCAAACCCUUUAACCAGAACAAAAACCGUUACAUUGACAUCCUUCCCUAUGAUUAUAAUCGUGUUGAACUCUCUGAGAUAAAUGGAGAUACUGGAUCAGACUAUAUAAAUGCAAGUUAUGUGGAUGGUUUCAAAGAGCCAAGGAAAUAUAUUGCUGCACAAGGUCCCAGAGAAGAAACUGUUGAUGAUUUCUGGAGGAUGAUCUGGGAACAGAAAGUAACUAUUAUUGUCAUGGUGACUCGCUGUGAAGAAGGAAACCGGAACAAGUGUGCAGAAUACUGGCCAACAAUGGAAGAGGGCACUCACAUUUAUGGAGAUGUUAUUGUAAAGAUACAUGAGCACAAAGUGUGUCCAGACUACAUUGUUCAGAAACUGAAUGUUACAAAUAAAAGGGAGAAAACAACUGGAAGAGACGUGACACACAUUCAGUUCACCAGUUGGCCUGACCAUGGGGUCCCAGAUGAUCCUCACUUGCUCCUCAAGUUGCGUCGAAGAGUUAAUGCCUUCAGCAACUUUUUCAGCGGUCCCAUUGUUGUCCAUUGCAGUGCUGGUGUUGGCCGUACAGGUACCUACAUUGGAAUUGAUGCUAUGCUGGAAGGACUAGAGGCUGAAAACCAAGUGGAUGUUUAUGGCUAUGUUGUUAAGCUUCGGCGACAGAGAUGUCUAAUGGUUCAAGUGGAGGCACAGUACAUCCUGAUCCAUCAGGCUUUGGUGGAGUAUAAUCAGUUUGGAGAAACUGAAGUGGGCAUGCUAGAGUUACAUUCCUAUCUAAAUAACAUGAAAAAGAAGGAUCCACCCAGUGAGCCUUCCCCACUGGAGGCAGAAUUCCAGAGACUUCCCUCAUAUAGGAACUGGAGGUCCCAGCACACUGGAAAUCAAGAAGAAAAUAAAAGCAAAAAUAGGAAUUCCAAGAUUAUUCCAUAUGACUUUAACAGAGUGCUUCUGAAACAUGAAUUGGAGACCAGCAAAGAGAGUGAACAUGAUUCAGAAGAAUCAUCUGAUGAUGAUAGUGACACUGAUGAGCCAAGCAAAUACAUCAAUGCUUCUUUCAUAACAACCUACUGGAAACCUGAAGUGAUGAUUGCCACCCAAGGGCCACUAAAGGAGACAAUUGCUGACUUCUGGCAAAUGGUUUUUCAAAGAAAAGUCAAAGUUAUUGUAAUGCUGACAGAGCUGAAAGAUGGGGAGCAGGAAGUCUGUGCUCAGUACUGGGGAGAUGGAAAGCAAAAAUAUGAAGAUGUGGAAGUAGAAAUGAAAGACAUGAACAGAUCUACAGCUUACACCAUUCGUGUAUUUGAACUGAGACAUGCAAAGAGGAAAGAUGCCCGAACAGUUUAUCAGUAUCAGUAUAACAACUGGAAAGGGGAAGACCUUCCCACCCAACCCAAAGAAUUAGUUUCUAUGAUUCGAAACUUCAAAGAAAAACUUCCAAAGAAACAUGGCACUGAAGGACAAAAACAUCACAAGACGGCAUCUCUUCUUGUUCACUGCAGGGAUGGAUCCCAAAAAACAGGAACAUUUUGUGCUUUGUUCAAUCUUCUGGACUCUGCAGAUACAGAAGAUGUAAUCGAUGUUUUUCAAGUAGUGAAAUCUCUGCGCAGAGCCAGGCCAGAAAUGGUUUCAUCUUUUGAACAGUACCAGUUCCUGUAUGAUAUCAUUGCAAACACUUACCCUGCCCAGAAUGGACAAGUAAAGAAAAGCAGCCAUCCACAAGAUAAAAUUGAAUUUGACAAUGAAGUGGACACACCAAAUCAGGAUGCUAACUGUGUUAGCUCAUCUGGUGAUCUGGAUAAACCCCAACAAAAAAGCAGAAAGGAUGAAGAAUCAAAGACCACAGAUGGUACUAAAGAGACUGAAAGCUCUUCAAAUGGUCCCACAAAUCCAACCCUAACAGAAAGUGCCUAGGGAAGUACAUGGAUCUAGGGCAUUGUUAAUGAAGCCUUUGACUUUCUUUCAUUUUUCUGUCUUCAAGGGGUAGAAAAGGAACAAAAGUCUGUUUGAAAUCCAUGGAUCCAUGGAAUUCAUGGAACUGGUGACCACAGUAUUUUUUAAUCCUAGGGAAAUUUAUUUUAUAUAUUUUUUACAAAAUCCUUUGUAUAGUCAAAUGCUUAUUCAAAACAUUUUUCUGCUAUUAACUAAUGGGCUUUCUUCAUCAGUUUUUGUUUGGUUCUGUUUUGUUUUAAGGAGAAAAACUUCAAGUGAAAAUGUUAUCUUAAAAGAGGGUAACUUAUGAACUAUCUUUUAUUACCUCAGAGGGAAAACCAAUUUUAAUUAAGUCUGUUAUUUAGUUUGGGACACACUAUUUUAUCAGCUAAAACCUGUGUGCAGGCCAUGUUUUGAAAUGAAAACAAGAACAUUUUCCAGAAUGACCUCAAGAUGUCCCCAUUGUUCUACGUAAACUGAUUUUGCAGUUCGAUAUUUGACUCCUACGAGGGGGCAUCAAAGAGCAGUAGUAUAUGCUUGUGCAAAGUCUGUUAAGGAAAUUCUCUGUAUUAAGUCUUGGCAUCCCUACAGACCAUGUGUUAGUAUUUAGUCCACUCUUUUUCCAUGCUUAUUUAACCUAAUUUAAACAGGGUUAACAAAUGAACAUAUUUUGCUGUCUCUGUGUAGUACAUACAACUUCUUUGAUAUAAACUGCUCUCAGUACAGGAUUUGGAAUUAAUUAUUUAGUAUAUUUACAUAUCCUGCGCCACCCCCACCUCAAGUUGUUUAUUGUUUGUUGCAAUUGAAGUCAAAUAAACAUCUUUUAAAAGACACAAACUCAAUAGAUAGUUAACAUACAUAGAAUGGAAAAACUGGAACUGUACAAAUUCAUUUGUAUAAAAUAUUUAUUCCUGAAAGGAUUUUCUAAGUAAUUCUGUAUUUAGUUAUCAGCAAAACACAGCCCAGUCAGUCUGCUUGCUUAUGUUUAUCUUAUUGGAUGCUGGUAGUUCAGUAUCAAAGCAUUUGCUUCAAAUCUUUCCAUUUUUUUUUUAAUAUUAAAGAAGGUCAUUGCAAAACUCAGUAUGAAAUACCCACUGUUUUAUGUAUGUAUGUCAGUUACAGAUCUUGGUAGUUGAAAAAAUAAUAUUAAACUACAUGUAAUGUAUCAUAAGUGGUCACAUAGUAAAGCUUACCGACUGGUGAAGGAUGUUGCAAACCAUAAGUGCUACAUAAAUGUAAUCUAUUUUCAACAUUA